CAGCACAACUCUGUUAUUAAAUUAAUCAAACAAACUGUUAACUAUAGUUAUGUCCAUAUCUAUGCGGUUAACAGAAUGACGCGUCGCGCAUCACGUGACUUCCGCAUUGCGUUUUAAAACUCUUAAUUAUUGACUGUGUGUCAACAACACUUGAGCUUCUCUCACUUGUGCUGUUUCAAAGGUCUCUAGUGCAGCAGAGAAUAUCAUCAUGAGCGACUGGAGGAAAAUGAACAAAGACGAGCUGGAGCAUCAGUUCUCUCCCAGCAGCUGGUCACACAGGAUGUCCGCCGAUGACGUGAUCAGAGCCCAUGUGGCCGCUCUCAAAGCAGGCACAGAGAAAGCUCGGUCCGUCACUCAGACUUUGCUGGACGUCCCGUACGGUGAUGGUGACGGAGAGAAGCUGGACGUUUAUGUUCCCAGCAGCUCUAGACCAGACGUGCCGCUGGUCAUUUACUUUCAUGGAGGAUACUGGCAGUUCCUCAGUAAGAACGAGUCUGGGUUUCUAGCCGUGCCAUUGGUCCAGAGGGGUGUGGUCGUGGUUGCCGUGGGUUACAGCGUCGCUCCUAAAGGGGAUAUGGAUCUGAUGGUGUCACAGGUGCGCAGGAGCGUGGUGUCUGUCGUCCAGCAGUAUUCACACAUCAGUGGUCUUUAUCUGUGCGGUCAUUCGGCAGGAGCUCAUCUGGCCGCUAUGGUUCUGUCCACCGACUGGACACAGUACGACAUAUCACCGCAAAUCAAAGGUGCGUUUCUCGUCAGCGGCAUUUAUGACCUGCAGCCCAUUCUGUCCACCUACGUGAACGAGCCGCUGAAGAUGACCGAGGAAGUGGCGAUUAGGAACAGCCCCAGUCACUUCCUGCCGCAGCUCAAGCGCUCGUCCACUUCCUGUGACAUCAUCGUCGCCGUCGCGCAGAACGACUCGCCCGAGUUUCGCAAGCAAUCGGAGGAAUAUUUCAAAGCUUUGGAAUCUGCCGGUCUUAGAGUCUCUUUUGAAGACGUUCCCAACACGGAUCACUUCAACAUUAUAGAGCAACUCGUCGAUGAAAAUUACCGUCUUACUAAGCUCCUACUAAAGAUGAUGGGGAAAGUUGACGAUCGUCAGAUUACCCAGAAUGCACUGCGCUGGAACAGACCUGUGAGUUGAGCUCAACGAGACCUCACUCUUUGUCCAAUCAGACACUAGUAUUACAUGUUUUACAUUAUUAUUAUUGAGACAGCAGCAGUGUAUGUCGGUACAUUCAAGUUUCUACUAGAAGAAAAUGACUGUAAACGUCUUUAAAUGGUUAUUUAAAUGAAAGUGGCACACAGAUGUGCCAUGAAUCAGUUGUUGAUCAUAUAAAAUCACAUUUAAAUAUAGCAAAUAUUUAACAUUUAAAUGAUUCGAUUUGAUUGAUGGCACUGGAAACAACUCUCGCUCUGCAUUGUUUAAGUUGCACAGAUGUAUUUGUUUUAGGUUUUAUUGAAUCGGCACAGAUUAAACAGGUUUAACCCGGUUUCUUGCCCUGGUCAGACAUGUUUGGUUUGUUGUUGUUAGCUAGUCAAACCGAAAGCCACUGGUUUACGCAUUUUUAGCAAGGAAACUGUAUGUGAAUAUGGUGUUUGUGUGUGUUUUGAAGCAUUUCCAGUUCAAUAAAAUGCUGAGGAAAAAAAAAAUGAACACAUUCGUUGUGAUUAAUGUUGCUUGUUCAUGUCACAGCAGGCCGGUCCAGCAGAUAAUGGAGAUAUUGUUUAUAAAAAACAACACAGUCUCUGUAUUGGAGGACUGGUAUUAUACAAAACAUUAACACAAGACAAACCCACUUUUGUACUCUAUGUACACUUAUAAUAUCCAUUUUAGGAUCAUAUUACGACAAACUGUAAAUACACUGCACCCAAAAUUACUUGACUAGCUCAUGAAUAUUAAUUAGGUUACGCCGCCGUUCCUGCUUGGCCAUCUUUCCAGUUGCGUAACCUAAUUAAUAUUUAAAAGCGAAGUCGCACUGUGAUUCUUUGAUUG